AUGAGAAGCUCUAACAUUUUUGUGAUUCUAUCUUUGUUCCUUCUUCUAGUGUCUAUUGAAAACAUUGUGCGAGUAUAUGGUGAAGAUCCUACAUAUGGUUUUACUUCUAUCCCUUUAACCGAAGCAAAUUUUGUGGUGCAGAAGCCAUACAACAUACCAGUUGAGCAAAGGUAUAGCUUCAUUGAUGGUGUUCAUAGAUUUUGGGUUUAUGCUCACGAUAAGCCUUAUUCUCCUGGUAGCCCUACUCAGCCACGCACAGAGAUUCGCAUAAAGGGACUUGACUACCACUCUAGUGUUUGGCAAUUUGAAGGUUAUGGGUAUGUGCCAAAGGGAACAUCAGGUGCUACAAUAGCACAGAUUCAUGGUUCAGGAGAUGGUGGUGCUACGACAUUGAUACUAAGAAUAUACAACAGAGAUAUGAGGUAUUACGACACAGACUUAGUGGCUGAGAAUCUUUAUGAUAAAUGGUUUAGAGUUAAUAUCAUACAUGAUGUGGAUGGAGGAAUAGUGAGUGUGUUCAGUGAUGGAGAGAACAAGUUUCAAACAAAGGAUCAUGGGCCAGGUGAUUUGUACUUCAAAUGUGGGGUUUAUGCUGCACCUGCUCAUAUUAGUAACUACAUGGAAUCAAGCCUUUGCGCGUACUGGAAGAAAUUGAAAUUGUGUGAGGAUGGAUACGAUAGAGUGGAGAAAAGCCAAAAAUGGAGUUCGUCAAAAUCAUCGUUAAUGGAGCCAAAAAUGGAGUUCAUCAAAAUCAUCGUUAAUGGAGUCUGCAUUGUCACCGUUAACAUCAUCAGCAUUCCGAAAUAUCUGAUAUAA